AUGGAGAGGUCAGAAGACACUUCUAUCAAGGACAAGGCGAAAUUGGCCCUCAACGCCAUCCUGCAGAAUAUCCAGGUCUUGAAAAUGAGCUUCGCAAGGAAGGUCCUCAACGCCUUCCGCGACGUGGCGGGUGAGCAGGUGCAAGAUCGUAGCGACGCAGGGAUGCGCUGGCGUGGCAUCUUGAAGGGUUCCUGGCUUACAGCAGAGGAGUGGCUGGCUUAUCAUCUGAGUGGACCGCAUACGUCAAAGUCCUGUGAAGAGCUCGACGGUAUUCUGGAUUGCGUUCGUGAGGCGGCUGAACACAUUUGUGAAUCUCCGCAGGUUGAUCUAUCAGGUUCGUAUGCAGAUGGAACGGCGAUCCCUGGCAUCUCUGAUCUGGACAUAUGGAUUGACACUAGUGAGAUGUUGUUUGCCUGA